AAACUAAGUGAAGGGAUCAUUGUUGCGUUGGUGCAUGCUCUCUUCAGCCUACCCACCUCCAAUUCAACCUCCACACCUACCCCCCUCUCCAUCUCAUUUCCCACCACCACCAUAGUCCCAGUCCAAUUCCUUCAUUCUUUAUCCUGAUUUCUCAAAGAGCCCAUCUCUCUCUCCCUCUCUCCCUCUCUCUCUCUUUCUCAUAAAUGGAGGCUAAGUUGCUGAUGGCCUCCUCGCCUGUCUUUCAUUCAGCUCCCCACGUUUCCAAUUCAAGACCCAAUUAUUUACUUCCCUUGAAAGCAAUGCAAUCCAACAGUUUCGCAUGCCUCAAUUCUUCCUUGCCAAAGAAGCCAAAUUUGUCUGUCCAGGCUGCUUCGACCUCCAUUGGAUCAUUGGCUACAAAGAAAAGGGUGGAUGAAACCGAUAGUUUGACCCUUGAAGGUAUAAGACAUUCUUUGAUCCGGCAGGAGGAUAGCAUAAUUUUUAGCCUGUUAGAGAGAGCUCAAUAUUGUCAUAAUUUGCCUACAUAUGACCCCAAUGCUUUCCCUGUUGAUGGGUUCCAUGGCUCCUUGGUAGAACACAUUCUUAAAGAAACAGAAAAACUUCAUGGCCAGGUGGGAAGAUUCAGCAGUCCUGAUGAGCAUCCUUUCUUUCCGAAUGACGUACCUGAACCAGUGUUGCCACCUCUGCACUACCCCCAGGUUCUGCAUCCCAUUGCCAACUCUAUUAACAUAAACAGAAAAGUUUGGGAAAUGUACUUCAGAGAUAUUAUUCCAAGACUGGUUAAAGAAGGAGAUGAUGGUAACUACGGUUCAACUGCUGUUUGUGACACAAUGUGCUUGCAGGCUCUGUCCAAGAGAAUCCAUUAUGGUAAAUUUGUUGCAGAGUGCAAAUUUCGAUCCAAUCCAAAUGCCUAUGAAGCUGCCAUUAUCGAACAGAACAGGGACAAGGUGAUGGCUUUGUUGACAUAUCCAACGGUUGAGGAGGCAAUCAUAAAGAGGGUGGAAAUGAAGGCGAAAACUUACGGGCAAGAAGUGACCUUGUACGAAGGGGAAAAGAAAAAUCCCAACCUGGUUUAUAAGAUAAAACCAACCUUGGUUGCAGAUUUAUAUGGGGAUUGGAUCAUGCCAUUGACAAAGGAAGUUCAAGUGGAAUACUUGUUAAGAAGGUUGGACUGAGAGAAAGUUAAACCAGUAUUUAAUAUCUAUUUCUAUCCACGUACAUAAAUUUGUGCUUUUUGAAAUUGUGCUUUUUUCAGAAGCAUGGGGAGCUGCUUAUGCUUUUACCUGUAAUUUUAAGAUUUGAUGUGGAUGCUAAGAGGGGUGCAAAGACAUGUUAUUGUUGUAUGAUUAAAUUAAGUAUAGGCCGUUUUGCAGUCUAUCUAUCUAUAUAUAUGUCUGUGUGUAA